GUAGAGCAUUUGCUCUCACAUCUUCUCCAAGGGAAAAUGCGCGGCGAAUUGUACAUACUCGUCAUCUUCCUCCUCGCGUCCUCCGGCGAAGUUCACGGCGGAGAGAGGUUCAAGGAGGCCCCGGAGUUUUUCAACUCGCCGGAGUGCAACGCCAUCGACAGCGACUUCGUUUGCUCCGACAGGGCAGUCCACGUGGCAAUGACCCUCGACGCAGCCUACCUCAGGGGAUCAAUGGCCGUCAUCCUGUCCGCACUCCAACACUCUUCUUGUCCUCAGAACGUCGUUUUCCACUUCAUCAUCUCCAAACAGAGCCACCGACGCCGAAACGACGUCGUGCGGGCUAUCACACAAUCAUUUCCCUACUUGAAAUUCCGGAUUUACCCCUUCGACGUGGCUGCCGUCUCCGGCCUGAUCUCCUCCUCCAUCCGUUCCGCCUUGGACUCACCGCUCAACUACGCCCGCAACUACCUGGCCGAGCUCCUCCCCGCGUGCGUCUCACGCGCCGUCUACCUAGACUCUGAUCUCGUCCUCGUCGACGACAUCUCCAAGCUCUUCUCCACGCCCAUCCCUGACGACGUCGUUUUGGCGGCACCCGAAUACUGCAACGCCAACUUCACCUUCUACUUCACUCCCACUUUCUGGUCGAACCCUUCUCUCUCUCUCACCUUCGCCGCCAACCGGAGGCGACCACCGUGCUACUUCAACACGGGAGUGAUGGUUAUCGAGCUCAGGAAAUGGAAAGAAGGGGAUUACACGAGGAAGAUAAUAGAGUGGAUGGAGUUACAGAAGAGGAUUCGGAUCUACGAGCUGGGUUCUCUCCCGCCGUUUUUAUUGGUUUUCGCCGGAAACAUAGCUCCGGUUGAUCACCGGUGGAAUCAGCACGGUCUAGGCGGAGACAAUUACAGGGGACUAUGUCGGGAUUUGCAUCCUGGUCCGGUGAGUUUGCUGCAUUGGAGUGGCAAAGGUAAGCCCUGGGUCAGGCUUGACGCGGGUCGACCGUGUCCGUUGGACGAGCUUUGGGUUCCCUACGACUUGUUAGAACCCCGGUUCGAUCUAGUCGACAUCUAACUAGGUCUUAGGUUUCACCUUUUUUGUUUUUUUCCCCUCUUGAUACGCAUACUAUAUAGAGAAUAAAUAUAUUUGAAUAAAAUCCAGACGGGGGAUGAUCGAAGACAUAUCAUUUAGCUUGGUUUGUAA